AUGAUUUCUUUAUUCGUCACAUUCGUUUCUCUAUCGGCGUUGCCGUUUAAUGUUCACGCGCAGAACUCGUCCGCCACCAAUGAACCAUGUGCUCAAGUCAGCGCCAUGGUGGUCCCGAUGAGGGCAGCCAACCCCAGCGUCACCCCCAUGAUUCCUGGAGAGCUUGCCAUCAACUGCCUGCGAUCAGUACCUCUUAAUUCAGAACAAGCGCUGGCCGUUACAAAUGCAUUAAUGCCAUAUGUUGAAUUCCAAUCUGACCUCUCCUACAAGGCAGCUCCUCCUGCUGGCUACCCCUACCCUGCGAUUGACCUCGUCGGCCAGGUUAAUCGAAUCGCCAGCAGUAUCCAGAACAACACGUAUCCAAAUGAGCAUGCGUGGCAAACGGAUAUGUUUACGACCUUCAUGGCAGCGAAGGAUGGUCAUUUUCGCUUUGCCGGUGAUCUCAUAGUUAGACCUGUCAGAUUCACGAGGAACGUUUCGUUGGUAUCUGUGAGCAUGGAUGGGACGUCGAUGCCACAGAUAUACCUAACUGAUGAAAUCCUUGCCAUGAAUACUAAUACCACAGGUGCCGCCCCAUCACCUGUAGCACAGAUCAACGGGCAAGACGCUGUUGCAUUCAUGAACGCCGAGGCGAACAAGGGCUUCCAGCAAGACCCAGACGCGGCGUACAACACAGUCAUGUACAACCCCGCCUUGGACUUCACCCCUGGGAUGAACGUACGAGGAUUUUUUGCCGGCGAUGGAAGGUACGGGUUCUACUACCCAGGACCCAACACAACCCUAACUUUCGCCAACGGAACGACAACAACCUAUCAGACUCAGGCUCUCGUCCCAGGAAACUUCUCAGGCGUCACGGAUGGCGCGACUGCCUUCCAAAGGUUCUGCGUGCCGCCGGUCGCCACCGCACCUCAAGACAGUCCUGCAAACCAAGCUCCUGCCCCGAUGUUCAGAGCCGGAGACCCUACGAGCAAUAACACUAGGCUCAAGGGCUACCCUAUUGCGCAAGUGAGCAGCUCGGAUGGCCAGAUCUCUGGGUAUUACCUUCCGAAUAGCGACGUAGGCGUCAUUGCUAUGAAUAGCUUUGAGCCCGAUGUUCCCGCGGAGUUCCAGGCCGUUAUGCAGACGAUGCUGGCAGAGAUGAAACGGGAUGGGAAGACCAAGCUUGUUGUGGACCUGCAAGGCAACGGAGGGGGGAUCGUGGUCAACGGCUUCGAUGCUUUCAGACAGCUCUUCCCAACGACUCAGGACCAGGUUUUCGCUCGACAACGAAGCGGCCCCACCUAUGCAACCCUUACACAAACUGUGAGCGACCAGUUCGCCAACUUCACAGUUCAAGGAUCUUCAGACUUCACACGCAUCAGCCUGUUUCAAUCGGCCUUUAACGUCGGCUUCGAUCUCAACCAGAACAGAACCGCCUUCAGCUCCCUGGCCGAGAAGUUCGGGCCCUACCCAAUCAACGGGGACCAGUUCAGUGGCCUGCAGCAGAACAACUUUGAGGAUCCCGAUUUCACGAGCAGUGAGACGACCGGAGCUGGCAUGGACGUCACCGGAUACGGAGCGAGGAAGAACUUUACGCAGCCAUUCCCGGCGGCGAACAUCGUGAUGCUGUACGACGGCACGUGUGCUUCCACAUGCACCCUCUUCAGCGAGAUGAUGAGGAACCAGGGAGGCGUCAAGUCGGUCGCGCUCGGCGGCCGUCCGGGAACCUCCCAGAUCCAGGCCAUCGGCGGCGUGAAAGGUGCGCAGAGUCUCUCCUUCGGCCCCCUCUUCCGCAACGCGCAGUUCUUCCUGCAGCCCGCGACGGUACCGAACGCGUUGGCGACGAGCGCGCAAAAGACGGUCUUCCAGCGCGUGACGGACCUGCCGCAGAACCGGAGCCUCGACAACGGCAUCAACUUCUCGGAUCACAUCCUCGCGCCCAACGUGCCGGACGGCGUCCCGGCCCAGUUCGUGCGCGAGGACGCCGACUGCCGGCUCUUCUACACGCCGGCCAUGAUGCAGAAUGUCACGGCCAUGUGGCAGGCGGCGGCCGAUGCUGCGUUCAACGGGAAGCCGUGCGUGGCCGGCGGGAUCAGCAUGCCGAAGGACGUGACGGCCAGGGCGCUGCCGCAGACCACGAACAGGCAGGUGGCUGCCGCCAUGGUGCAGGCGGCGUCGAACGCUCGGACCUACCUCCAGGAGGUGCAGGGAAAGGCUGCCAUGGCGCCCACCGAGCGGUCCCCGAUGUGGAAGGAGAUGAAUGGCAAGGCAAUCCCUAUCCCACGAACCGAAGAGGUUCCCUAA